AUGCCAUCGUUUUCAAAUGACUUGAUUCAGUUACCAAGUCUUACGAUCUUGCUUUGCAUCAGUAUAAUCUCGAGUCUCGUUUUGGUGUUUGCGAGGUUUCACGGGCGUGCGCCUACUGCUCCAUACGCACCAUCCCAUAAUCCCCCGGUGAAUACACAGCCGACGGGCUACCCACCAGUUGAGCAGCUUUCGGAUUUCGACUGGAAAACGAAAGAGCCAUUGAAGCUUCGACCUUUUAAGCCCAAAUACAACUUGACAAUGAGUAUCCAAGAUGCGACAGUCAAUGAACUGAUUGAAAUGGAUAAGAACUAUCUGGACAGAGUUACUCUGCGCGAGAAACUAAUGGAGCAACAUCCUGACCAAGUCAGCGGCGCGGAGUACAGUGCGAAGGCGGCCGUCGAUGAGUUUUACAUUUGGCUCGUCGGAACUUACCUCCCGACUCGAUUUCCUACCAUGUUCCAGCUACAAUCACAAAAGGAGAUCCCACACCUGCUACAUUGCAGAAUUACCGGGAAAGACUACUCACUGAAGCCUGAUAUGAAUCCGGUAGUGACUUUGAGGACCAUGGGAGGUCUUGUUGACGAUGAUUUACUUUUCCUUCUGCCGUCAGAAGAUGGCGAUGGUUACAAGCUCAAGGCCUUUGUAACAUGUUUUCCAAACGGAUUCAACACAGCGGACAAGUUGAAUCUGAAAUUGAGAGAUAUUCAUAAGCCGGUACCUGGGUACAAAGAGAAACUGGAGACGAGCAUGGAUCGUUAUCUUGGUCGGCUGAAAGUCGGCAAAUUCAUCAAACGGGCCAAUUGGACUAUAACGACUACCAACAAAUUGUUCACAGCUACCGGUAAUCACUUGUAUGAAGGGGAGGCUGUCAGAAAAGAAGAAAUCGACAUCGAAACUGUGAGUGUGGUUACGGCCCCCAAACUGCAAACAACCGAGCUUACGCAUCCAUUACAAGGCUCGAGUGCGAUGUGA